CCGUUAGCCCCGGGAGCGCCAGGCAGCUGAGGCGGGGGGCAGACCCUCCCGCGGAGGAGCCGCGCCCCCGGCCCCGCCGUCCCGCCGCGAUGCUGUUCCACAGUCUGUCGGGCCCCGAGGUGCACGGGGUCAUCGACGAGAUGGACCGCAGGGCCAAGAGCGAGGCUCCCGCCAUCAGCUCCGCCAUCGACCGCGGUGACACGGAGACGACCAUGCCGUCCAUCAGCAGUGACCGCGCUGCGCUGUGCGCUGGCUGCGGGGGCAAGAUCUCAGACCGCUACUACCUGCUGGCGGUAGACAAGCAGUGGCACAUGCGCUGCCUCAAGUGUUGCGAGUGUAAGCUCAACCUGGAGUCGGAGCUCACCUGUUUCAGCAAGGAUGGGAGCAUCUACUGCAAGGAAGACUACUACAGGCGGUUCUCUGUGCAGCGCUGCGCCCGAUGCCACCUGGGCAUCUCAGCCUCGGAGAUGGUGAUGCGUGCUCGGGACUUGGUUUAUCACCUCAACUGCUUCACAUGCACCACGUGUAACAAGAUGCUGACCACGGGUGACCACUUUGGCAUGAAGGACAGCCUGGUCUACUGCCGCUUGCACUUCGAGGCGCUGCUGCAGGGCGAGUACCCCGCGCACUUCAACCAUGCCGACGUGGCUGCAGCGGCAGCUGCAGCAGCCGCGGCCAAGAGCGCCGGGCUGGGCGCGGCCGGGGCCAACCCGCUGGGUCUUCCGUACUACAAUGGCGUGGGCACGGUGCAGAAGGGGCGGCCGAGGAAGCGCAAAAGCCCCGGGCCUGGAGCGGACCUGGCGGCCUACAACGCUGCGCUGAGCUGCAAUGAGAACGACGCGGAGCACCUGGACCGCGACCAGCCCUACCCGAGCAGCCAGAAGACAAAGCGCAUGCGCACCUCCUUCAAGCACCACCAGCUUCGGACCAUGAAAUCUUACUUUGCCAUUAACCACAACCCCGACGCCAAGGACUUGAAGCAGCUUGCGCAAAAGACGGGCCUCACCAAGCGGGUCCUCCAGGUCUGGUUUCAGAACGCCAGGGCGAAGUUCAGGCGCAACCUCUUACGGCAGGAAAACACGGGUGUGGACAAGUCCACCGAGGCCGCGCUGCAGACGGGGACGCCGUCAGGGCCAGCCUCCGAGCUGUCCAACGCGUCGCUCAGCCCCUCCAGCACGCCCACCACCCUCACAGACUUGACUAGUCCCGCCCUGCCAACUGUGACGUCCGUCUUAACUUCUGUGCCUGGCAACCUGGAGGGCCACGAGCCUCACAGCCCCUCACAAACGACUCUCACCAAUCUUUUCUAGUGACUCACGCCCCCCCCCCCACAAUUUCUUUAAAAAAGAAAUUAUCUUUAGUUGAAUUCCAAGUGUAUUUUAAAAUAGAGGCUUUGAGCAACUAACUAACCACAUUUUAGGAUCUCGCCUGGGAACAGAAGAAGAAAAUAAUUGUGCGUCCGGCUAAUGCAGCGGUGUGGACCGAGGAAUUACUUGGAAAAUCUAUCUGCAACACAACAUUUGUGUCACUGUACAGUUUUGUGGACUGAGCGAGGAAAAAAACAACAAAUAAUUUAAGUUGGCUAGAGCUUCUGUAUUUUCAAAGACUGCCACGUGCCUUAGGAAUACUGUUUUAUCUCCAUACUUUGGAUGACUUGUUCAUUUUUCUCUCCCUCUUUUUCUCUCUGUAUAUUUAUGACCAGAGCAAAAAUGUAAAAAAAAAAAAAAAAAAAAAAAGUUUGUUACUUUGAAUAGUCCUAAAAAAAAAAAAAAAUGAAAAGUCAAACCCCCUCCAACGGUCGCUUUGUUGUUUUAGAAUUUUAAGGUGGAAGUCUGUUCGAAUAUCAGAAUUUGUAAAAUCUAACCAGUAAUAAAACCACUUAUUGAAACUA